AAUUUAUUAAUUUAUGUUUUUGUUUGUGUUGUUUUCCAGCUCGCCGUUCUCCCUCCCCCGCUGGCCGUGUAAGGCGCGCUGGCAGUGAACCCUAUGUGCCACCACCAUCCUACUUGGCCGGCCCUCCACCAAGUGCAUCUCGUGCCUCUCGCGCCCCAUCUCUAUUCGAUCGUGCCCCCUCCGUGUUCGAUCGUGCCGCCAGCUUGGCCCCCUUCACCCGGCCAUUGUUCCGUGCCAGCUCGUUGGAACCCUUGGAUGAACUCUUUGCCAGUAAGUCCGAUGAAGAAAAGCCUAGAGUAGUAGUUGAGCGUGCUGGCUCUCCAAGUCCCACUCCUGUUAAGCCCGGUCGUUGGGGUCCCCGCCCCAAUGAAGUUUCCUUCGAUGCUGAUGGACUUCCCGUCUUCCAUCCCAGAAACCGUUUCAGGGAUUUGUUGGACCCCAACCCAAAUGCCCCCAUCUCGGCCUUCACUCGUGAUCCCUUCUGGUGGGAUAUGGAUGACUUAGCUCCCCUCCGUGCCGGCUCCCCCUUCCGUGCUGGCUCACCAUUGCGCGCCUUGUCGGUGCCACGUGCAUCCAGCCCCAUAACCAGAGAUUCGUUCUUGUCGCCCGUUAAGAAUCGUUAUUUGUGGUCUAAGCACCCAGCCAGACCAUUGACUCCUGCCGAAGAGGAAGAAUUGUUUGAAUAAAUAAAAAAUACAUAAUAAU